AGUCCGGGUUGCCUCGCAGCCGGCUCAGCUGGGCGGUGCCCCGGCCGCCCAGGCGCCCCAGCCGCCCUGGCGCCCCGCUACUGGGCAGGAAGAGAAGAUGAAUAAACCCAUAACAUCUUCAACAUAUGUGCGCUCCCUCAAUGUUGGACUAAUCAGGAAGCUGUCAGAUUUUAUUGAUCCUCAAGAAGGAUGGAAGAAGUUAGCGGUAGCUAUUAAAAAACCAUCUGGUGAUGAUAGAUACAAUCAGUUUCACAUAAGGAGAUUUGAAGCAUUACUUCAAACUGGAAAAAGCCCCACUUGUGAAUUACUGUUUGACUGGGGUACCACAAAUUGCACAGUUGGUGAUCUUGUGGAUCUUUUGGUCCAAAAUGAGUUUUUUGCCCCAGCAAGUCUUUUGCUACCAGAUGCUGUUCCCCAAACUGUUGAUACACUACCUGCUAAAGAAGCUGUAACAGUUCCGCAGAAAGAAAUGCCUCUCUGUGGCAAAGACAGGACAUUUGUGUUACCUGUGCAGGAUCUUGAACAAAACUAUAUGCCCCCUGACUCCUCAAGUCCAGAAAAUACAAGUUUAGCAGGCAGUGAUACACGUUUUCACAGCUUUUCAUUUUAUGAAUUGAAGAAUGUCACAAAUAACUUUGAUGAAAGGCCCAUUUCUGUCGGUGGCAACAAGAUGGGAGAGGGCGGGUUUGGAGUUGUGUAUAAAGGCUGCAUGAACAACAAAACUGUAGCAGUGAAGAAGCUUGCAGCAAUGGUUGACAUUAGUACUGAAGAACUGAAACAGCAGUUUGAUCAAGAAAUAAAAGUUAUGGCAAAGUGUCAACAUGAAAACUUAGUAGAACUACUUGGUUUCUCAAGUGAUGGAGAUGACCUCUGCUUAGUGUAUGUUUACAUGCCCAAUGGCUCAUUGCUGGACAGGCUGUCCUGCUUGGAUGAUACUCCACCACUUUCUUGGCAUAUGAGAUGCAAGAUUGCUCAGGGUGCAGCUACUGGCAUCAGUUUUUUACAUGAAAACCAUCAUAUUCAUAGAGACAUUAAAAGUGCAAAUAUCUUACUAGAUGAAGACUUUACAGCCAAAAUAUCAGACUUUGGGCUUGCACGGGCUUCUGAGAAGUUUGCCCAAACAGUCAUGACUAGCAGAAUUGUGGGAACAACAGCUUAUAUGGCACCUGAGGCUUUACGAGGAGAAAUAACACCCAAAUCUGACAUAUACAGCUUUGGUGUGGUUUUAUUAGAAAUAAUAACUGGACUUCCAGCUGUAGAUGAAUACCGUGAACCUCAGUUAUUGCUAGAUAUUAAAGAAGAAAUCGAAGAUGAAGAAAAGACAAUUGAAGAUUAUAUUGAUACGAAGAUGAAUGACAUUGAUCCCAUUUCCAUUGAAACCAUGUAUUCUGUUGCCAGUCAAUGCUUGCAUGAAAAGAAAAAUAAGAGACCAGAUAUUAAGAAGGUUCAACAGCUGCUGCAAGAAAUGACAGUUUCUUGAAACUUCACUGGAAGACUCUUGGUUUUUUAUAUACAGCUAUGUAAAACAGUUUUUAAACUAAAUUUUUGUUAUAAACAUUCUUUUUUACCUUUAACAAGGCAGCAUGGAGCAUGGAACCCCCACACACAUAUAUAUAUAGAACAACAAAAGUAGAGCCACUGUAUCGACCCUAAUCCCUGGCUUUUUAGUGUCACCCUCAGUUCUUGAGUAAUCCCUAAGACCUCGCCUUAGAACCUCACCAAACAUGGUUUGAAAACCAUAGAAUUAGCAAUAAAGGGGACUGGACUAUACAGUGAAAAGACCCGAAGCUGAAGCCCUAACUCCACUACUAAUUUGCCAUAGAGCUUUGGACAAUCCCUUAACAGCUUUGAGCCUUUGUUUUUCCACUGGUAACAUUAGGCUAAUUAUCUAUUGUGCUUCUCUGACAGGUAGUCCUGGAAAUCCAAUGAUGCAGACUAUGUACAAGCACUUUGUAACAUGUAAAGUGAUGUAAAAUUUAAAGUUUAUGUAGAUGUUUAUACAAUCCAA